CGACGUUCCCCAACACUGGUCAACGUUGGAUUCUCCUUACUCUUUGUUUCUUUUGUAUCGAAUCAGACCACAGUUCGUUGUCGUUCGUUCGUUCGUUGGUUCGUUCGUUCCUUUAUUCUUCAUAAUAGUCAUUCGUCUCUUUUCUGUUUCAUUCCGCCCGCAAUGAAGCUCACUAAUCCAUCCGUCUGGUCGCUCUUGGUCUCGACUGUCGCGACGUCGUCGUUGUGGUGCUGGCCCACUGCUGCCGCCCUCAACGUUGACAAUCACGACAACAACCAUCACGAUAACAACAACCACGAUCUCGGAACGGCACGUCGACUCAAGCGCAUCCGAGCCGUGGGAGACAACGGGAAUCCCAAUUCGGCCUUUCCUUUGGGACUCUGCGAAGGCGACUGUGACCGCGAUUCCGACUGUCAAGGCAAGCUCCGAUGCUUCCAACGCAGUGGAGGACAGGCUGUGCCGGGUUGUAAGGGAGGUGAAGAUCUAGACGCACGCUCCGACUUUUGUUACGAUCCCGACAGUGUGCCCAGUGCUCCCGUGCCCGCCCCCGUGCGGGCUCCCGUACAGGCCCCGGUGCCCGUGCCGUCGACCACUGUAGUGGUGACGGUGCCGGGGCGUGUGCCAGCUCCCGCUCCGUCCUUUACGCGCGCACGCGAACCCGUGCCGAUCGGGGCGCUCACCCAUCCUCCGGCGGAUCGACCACCCUUGGUGCACCUCAAGGAUCGCCCCACGGCGGCUCCCGUCAGUGCUCCCGUGCCGGCCCCCGUCAGUGCACCGGUACAAGCUCCGGUGCGGGCCCCCGUUCCCACGCCCGUGGCGGCGCCCCGGCCCGAACCCUUCAUUUCCCAGAUUGCGCGCAACGAAUCGCCACCCUCCAUCUUCCCACUCGGACUCUGCCAAGGGGAUUGCGAUCGCGAUUCCGACUGUGCCCCCGGUCUCCGCUGUUUCCAACGCGAAAGUCGUCAAGCCGUCCCCGGCUGUCGCGGAGGCGAACAGAACACCGGCAACGGAGAUUUCUGCUACGACCCCAACCCCCAGUCGGGGUCGGUCCCGACGGCACCCACACCCACUGGUCCCAGUCCCACGGCACCCACCGGUCCCAGUCCCACGGCACCAACCACUCCGGGGGCCAUUACCACGGAAACAUUCGUACUCAAAUUGUACUGGGAAGAAGGGUACUUUUGGCAGGAAGAGUCCUUCGAACGUCGGUGGUGCGUUCGGUGUCGCAACCGCUGUUCGAGAGGCGGACUACUCAAAAUCGUCAAUUGCGAUAACGAUGGGGGUGACGGGGAACCCGAUCGUUUUCGAUUCCUCACACCCGCCAACAACAACCAAGUGCAGUUGCAAGAAGUCUCCAGCGAGCUCUGUUUGGAACGAACCGGCAACCGAAAACUCACCAUGGAACGUUGUCGGUCCAACCGGACCAAUCAACGCUUCCAAGCCAGCAACGGAAAUUUGGUCUUUGGCGACAAAUUCGAACUCACGCCAGUCACGAGACGAGACUUUUGUGUCACCCAGCGGCAUCAUCCCAAAGCCGACGAAGUCCUCGAACUGGAACCCUGUGAUUUGACCGCCACUUUUUCGGAUACGUCCUUUUGGAAUUUAGAGUAACACGGACAGUGAGACAUUCCCGGGUUUCACUGUUCGACAUAGCAUGCGUGGACUUUGAGACUC